CAAAAAUAAUAUUCAAACGCGAUAAUGGUGUCCAGCGUAAAACUGAUCUUAGCUCUUAGCGUUCUGGCUACUUUUGCUUGCACUGGGUAUGCGAUUAGAUGUCAUUAUUGCACCUCUGUAGAUUCCGAUUGUGGAAGGAAUAAAAGCUUCAUUGUGGAUUGCACCGAAGGUUACAAAUCCAGUUUGCUUGGCUCGAUAUUCUUAGCUGUCACAGAAACUCCAACCAGUUGCCAGAAGAUUUCCUACACUAAAAAUGGGAAAACGGUAAACGCGAGGGGCUGCAAAACGGCAAUUGAUGCGUGCGCUAUAGUAACUAAAAAAGUCUACCCGAUCCCAGUAAACUGCGCCUACUGUAACGAGAACGAGUGCAACGAAUCCUUCACUACGGUCCCCAUCGCCGGAACUAUCCUGUUCUUUUUCGGUGUGGCUCGUCUGCUGGCCUAGAACUUCACUAGCUGGAAAAUUGGUGGUAUUCAUAAAUCUCCUUUUGUGAAAACUUUCCUUUCUUAUUUUAACUUAAGGAAAGCGUACAAAAUUCAAUAAGAUUAUUUUUGGCUUUAAUACAACCCAGGCAAACGGCAGAAACGGAUAUGCGUCACUCAUAAAGAGUUAUCCUUAUCACAAAUUGUGCAAAAUAAUCAGCAUUUCUAAAAAAUUAAAAAAA